GGCCCGGUGCGCCCGCCGCGGGCACCACUUGCAACCCAAAAGACCCAAACACGAGACGAGAUGGCCCGCAUCGCCCUCCUGCUUCUGACCGCCGGGGUCGCCCUGCUGGUGGCCGCGGAUCUGGUGUCGUUCGACCUGGCGGAGUUCAGGGCCAGGUUCCAGAAGGGCACGCCCUACAUCGACUCGGCCUGCGCCCACAUGGAGCCGUUCGUGUCCAAGAUCAACGCCCUGGAGGCCGUGCAGAGGGACCGCCUGGCCGUGUGCCUGUACGAGGCCGCCCUGAACGCCUUGGACCAGGACAGCACCGAAAAGGAGAUGUUCGAAGAGAUCGGCGGUUGCCUCUUCGUGUGGAGCGACACCGCGACGGAAACCUACAAUCUGUACAACGAAAUCCUCGCGAUUUUCGAGACUGCCACCUCUAAGAAGAGCGCCUAGCGCACGCCACGCAGUCGUGCUUAUUUCGUUCCAAAUAGAUACAUAUGCAAGUGGCUUAUACAGCUCACAGCGUUCAA